UUUUUCCUCAUUUAUCUCUUCCACUACGCAGUUACGUGUCCUCCUCUGUAAAACUAUAAUACAACGAGGAGUCGGGAAAACAAAUAGAAAACUCCAAAUAGCCGUAAAACGUAACCAGGCGUCUCGUAGUACAAGGGGUCACUGCCAGACCCCAGGCUCAGGGACGAGCUUGCUGGGGUACUAAGCUGAGAAGACCCAGCCAGGGGGACACUCCUCCAUAUAUCAAGCAGAAUACCAGAGCAGUGAAGGCAGCCUGUCUGAAGUCACCACAGAGUGAAGUAGGGAAGGACUCACUGCCCUCCAUGCACUGCCCAAGCAGUGCCCAAGUGUCUAAUGGAUCAGACCAUCUCAUGCCUUAAACACACAUGCUACCUUUUAUGCAUUUAUGAAAGAUGAUGUCAUAUACAGUGACGUGAUGUAACUCUGCAGUGUGUUAGUGAUGGGAACAUGAUAGAGUAUAGUUGCUCAGCAUGCAGCUUCAUGUGGGAAAGAUGGCAUAGGUGUUGCUGUUAAAGUAAGUGGAGAGAAAGGGCAGACUGUGAUGGAGGUGAGGACCCGCCGUGUGCUGCUGGCCAGUUCUGAAAAAUGGUCGGCGCCCUGAACCGCCCCUGGAGGUGACCUGACCAGGAUGCCCGGCGGGGAAGGGGAGCAGGGGCAGCAACAUCAUUCACCAGGUGAUGGUGACAAUGGUGGCGAUGGAAAUGACGGCGAUGGAAAUGGCGGGGGCAGCAAGAACUCAAAGGGAUCUGACUAUUACUCAUCAGAUUCCGAUGAGGAAGGGCGGCGCCGCAGGCUGGGACCUCACCUUCACCAGGAAGACCUGGAUCCCGAGGAUUCCCUGGCCCUCGACUCGUCCUAUCCCCCCAACGGAGAAUAUGCUGACGAUGACGAGGAAGAAGAUGCUAUUGAGGUGACAGUGGAGACACUCAUGGGCGACUCUUACCGUGUUCGAGUCUCUCAGUGGGACACUGCUCUUGGUCUGAAGGGACUCCUGUAUCGAACACAAGGAAUCCCUACCAGCCACCAGCACCUAAUCCUGGGUGAGCGCGAGUUAGCUGACGACUCUUGCCUGCUAGACCAAGGGGUGAUAGAUGGCUCUACCAUCAAACUUGUGUUGUCUCUUCGUGGUGGACCAAUCAACGCUCGCAGGCUCCCCACCCACGAGGACCUCAUUUGGCGCGAGGUUACUGACUAUAUGGACGUCAAUAGAGAGGACCUGUGGGAUGGUGUUGGUGGACGCACGGUGACGCUGCUGGUGCUGAGAGAUGGUGAGAACGUCAACUUAUACCGUGUGGUGGAGAACCAAGAUGGUUCCUUCUCUCCUCUUAACGAGUCCUGGGGCUCUGUCAACAGCGGUGGCGGAGAGGAGACGACACACACACAUGUGUCUGAGGAAGAGACCAAGACCAGGGCUCGUAUGGCUGAGAUCAGAGCACAAAUGGCUGACAUGAAGCUCAGGAACAAGACUAAAAAUGAGAAAAGUAAAGCAGCUGCAGCCUCGAAAAGGUCGUCAAGUCGUGCCUCCAAGACUGGACUUGAGCGGCGUGACGACUUGGCCUCUUCCCGACGGGACUUGUCAGAGGGACAGAUUCCCUCUGUAGGUACAAGUUCGCGACCAAGCACACGCCAGCGUAGCGGCAACAAGCUUCUCACUACUGUCAGCCGGCGAGGGGGACGAGGCUCACGCCCAACCACACAGGAACGCUCAGAAUUUGCUCGAGCUAGUCUCUCCAAACCCAUCCUAAAGGAAUUACCCACUGCCAACCCUCCUAUUCCUAUUGAUUUCACCCGGAAGAAGCCUCUGGAUAACAUCCGUCCCCAGGCAGAGCGGGGUAAACUAGAUUCCGUACAAGAAAACAGAUUGAGAAAGCAGGCAUUUCCUCUUCCAGACACUCCUAAUACUCAAGUGCAGAAUAAGCAUUACGAUUCCUAUCGAAAAUCAAUAGUAAAGCAUGGAAAAGGGACGGACAAUGGAUCCCACGGAACUGACAGUGAGGUUGAUAGAGAUACCUUUGAGGUUUGGCCUAGAAGAGAUGUCUCCAAGCCUCUCUACAUGCUUCCUGAGACUACUAGAGCUCGCACUCGCCGUUAUGAUGAUGGCCGCCUCAAUCGUUCUCACAAUCUAGCACUCAUGCGUUCAGCUCAAUAUACCGCCCACAUCCGUCCAAAAACUUCUCCCGAGGUGCUAGAACGUCGUCCAGGAACCACAGGUGAUCAGAACACGCUAGGUGAGCGGAUUCAAUUGUUAGCUCCUGAUGAUAGCCUUCGAAAAUUGUGUGACAUUCUAGGUUCAUCAAGAGGAAGUUCACGACAGUCCAACCACUUGGAGAGUUCACCUGAGAACAGUUUACCUGCCUCUAAUUUACCCUCAAUCCACGCAGGAAGUAAAGGCCUGUCGCAUAGCCAGAGAAACACAGUGUCAGUGUCUUUGGCAUCGUUACGAAGUCGUGGUGGUACACCGCCAUCCCCUGGACCAGGAGCUCUGGUGGCUUCUGGCUCACGAGAGCAGAGAGAGGUACUGCGGGGAUUCAUGAGAAACCAAGCUGGAGCUUCCCGAAGGACCACUCCUGAAGAAGUACGUCUCCCAAAUCGACGUCCAGGUAGUGGCAAGGUGUCAGUUCCUCCAAGCCAUCUUCCGCUCUUCACGCCCUCGCGGCGGAAGGGGCGUAGAAAGAAAAAAUGUCAGCAGUGUUCCAAGCGUCUUGGUGUUGCGACUACUUACGAGUGUCGCUGUGGUGGACUCUUUUGUGCUCAGCAUCGUUACGCAGAAACACACACUUGCACCUACGACUAUAGGACAGCUGGUCGUAAUUUUAUACAAAUGUCUAAUCCUUUGGUGGCACCGAAUAAGCUACCCAAAAUAUAAGUAAAUUGUGAUUCCUUUUGCUUGUGACGAGUAGACUUACAAAGUAUUAGACAAUUCUGAUGUGAAGUUAAGUGCCUAAGAGCUCCACAAGUUUUCUAUGUGAAUGUGACAAACUGUAGAUCUAUAUUAUAUUGAUAAUACAUAGCGCUUAAUAACUAUUUUUUUUGUCACAUGUCCCAACAAAAGGUGACCCAAGUAAAAGAAACAUUCACCAUCACUCAUCCAAUACAUACUUUGCUGGAAGUGUACAGACAUAACCAUUCAAAUGACCCUCUGAGCUGUAACAUGGCCACCCUUCCUUCAGAAUGAAGUUACUGUACUUCUUGUCUCCAGGACUCAAAUCCGGUUAUCAGAUUUUCCCUAGAAAAACUUAUCGCUACUUAUCCCUAUCAAACGCGCUCACACGGGCCUGUUGAUACUCAAGCCUCAACCAUGUAAAACCUUCACAUCCUCCAACCUUUCCAUUCACCCCAGAUUUAUAAAUCCUCUGGGUCAUUCAAUGGUGUUCCAAUGUACUUGAGUGCUCAAACCACAUGAACAAAUCCUCAUCUGCCAUCUCAAUAUUAACUUUCGUAUCUCCACACUAUUUGUAAUUUACAGGGCCGAUUUUUAUUUGCAUAAUAUUUACACCUCACAUUAAGCCCCAAAACAUCGUCUCCUCUGCCACCAGGCUCCUUGUAAAGUUUUAAGCCCAUGCAUGACACUCAUAUAAACAGGUUGGUACCAUUAUAUUGUCGUACACUUCUCUCUUUUUCUACAUAGAUACACUUUUUCUCCACAAACGCCUCGACUCUCCAACAGUUUUCAGUCCAUCUGUUUCAUAGUUCACGUCGUCUUUCAUAGAUCCAUCUCUCAUGUACAUUCCAAAAUAUCUAAAUUCAUUCACUUUCUCCACUUCCUUUUUCAAAGCAUACUCGUAUACUCAUAAAUUUUGUGCUACUCUCAUCGCCUUACUUUUUUUUGUGUUCCGUUUAAUUUCCUUAUUUUAAACACCUUCCCAAACUCGUCCGACAAUCUGUGCAGCCUCUCUUCAGAUUAUUAUUAUUAUUAUCAAGGGGGAAGCGCUAAACCCGGAGGAUUAUACAGCGCCUGGGGGGGGGGAUGUGGAAGGCAUUCAGGCUUAAUUCGGGGAACUGGAGCACAGAUCCAAUUCCCUAAAUCAAGAGCCCCCCACCAACAUCAAGGAACCUUCCUUGAGGGGCCUCUCUUCAGAAUCUCCCGGAAGAACUGUCUCCGACAAAGAAAACCUUUGAAAACUCCCAUUCGUGUCGGAUUUCAUCUCUUUCCAACACCCUGACAUUUACUGCUCUAAAAACCCUACCUAUAAAUAUAUUAUUCAUCUAUGGUGACACAACACAUCCCUACCUAUUGCCUACUUUUACUGGAUAGUGCCCCUCAUUCUGCUAUUAAUAACGUAAUACCUAUUCAUACAUUUGCAACAGCUACCACUGUUCCAGCAUCCAUCAUAUAUUCAUUAAAUCCAUAAAUGAGAAAUAUUUCCUUACCUUUAUGUGAUCAUUUUUCACUUAUAUAUUUCAACAUUAACGUUCCACACAGUCCCUAAUUUUCCUACUAUCUGCAUUUUACUUUCAUUUUUACCACUAACUCUUUCAAUAUUAUUUUCACCAUACACUUUUACCUGGUAUACUCAACAAACUUAUAUCCCUUAUGGUUUUUGCGCUCUCUUGUCCCCUUUUUCCUUAUACUAAGGUACUAUCUAUGUAAGCUCUCUGACAGUUCUUAGUUACUAUCUCUUGUUUCAUGCAUAUAUUGUAAAAAAAUAUACACAAACCUCUAAGACUGCCCCGACCUGCUAUUCACACCCGAGUCUAAAUUCCAACUGUCGCAGCUGCUUUACCCCCUCAUGGUACCCAUCAUUAAUAUAUUGAACAUCAUUACACUGCACAGCUUUGAAUUACCUCACAAUACACAAAUACCUAACUCAUAAUCAAAACUUAUGUAUCUUAAAACAGUGUUCAGGUAACUCUUGUUCAGAUUCAUGAUAAAUAAAACCUAUAUUGUAUAUAGGCUAGGCUCCUAAAAACAUAUUGAAUUGCAUCUCAUUUAGGCCUACCUAACUGUAUAAUGUUAUGCAAAAUACCUAUAUUAAAAUAUGUCAUAUAAGAUGUACGAAGCUGCUCAAUAUCUUACUGCACCAGGGUAACUAAGCAGCCACAGCUGCACCCACUAUAUUAUUAUUAUUAAUCCUGGGAAAAUGAUAAAUCCACAAGAAUCACACAGCACCUGGGGAAGGUGAAGCAGUCACCUAGCAAUGUGUGAAAUACAAAAAACACAAAGAAA